CCUCUCCUCGUUUCUUUAGAAAUUUGUGUUUAUUUUUUUUUCUCUUCAUCAGAACUGUAAAAUCCAGUUUUUGAAACCAAAUUUGACAAGCGAUUAUUGAGAAUCAUCGUCAAAGUAAUGAUCUUUUGCUCAAUUUGAUUAUCCAGGCUUUAGUUUCAGCAAUCUUUGGUCGUUUCGUUGAGAUUCCAGCAAUCAAUCCUCAUGCCCGACGACGAUAAAGAGUUGCAGGAACCCAAGGAAGAAGACUCCUACGUUUGGGACAGCGAUAAGCAGCUCUAUAUCCAUCACAGUAGUGGGUUUUACCAUGACCCAAAUGCUGGUUGGUAUUAUUGUAUCAAGGAUGGUCGUUAUUACAAGCAUGAAAAUGGCGAAUAUGUUCCCUUGGAAUACGACGAGUCUGCCAUCAACCCUCCUGGAGAUAUUGUCACUUAUGAGCCAUCUGAAGAUGAUGACUCAGGCAGAAAAUAUGCUGAGAAUGUAGAAAAUGGAUGUGAAGUUUCACUGAGUAAUCCUGGAGAAACUCCUUCAGAGACAACAGGGUGCUCAAAUGACCAGGAACCUGAACAUAAUCAACGACCUUCCUCAUGGGUGGAAGAUACACUAAUCGAACUUUAUCUGGCUGGUUAUAAUCAACAUCCCAGUGCUUCCAGCUAUGAGAGGGCUUCUGGGAAAAAUAAUCAGGAUUACCAGAUGUUGUCAGCUAAUGGAGACGAUGAUGCUGAGGAACUUGAAGACGGAGAAUGGAUUCCUGAAGAAGAUUUUGAUCCACAGGCAGAGAACUUUGAUGAAGUUUCAUUUCUAGCUGCUCCUUCAAGCGAGGAAGAAAGAUGGCUAGCACAAUAUGGUCAAGUCGUUGAAUCCCCUGGGAAGACCCUGCCUGAGAUCCCGUCUGUUGAUUUGUGGGAUUGGAAACUUGUAUGUGAAUCCAGAGAAGCUGACAAUGAACAAGUGGCUAGGUUAGUAGGGAGGCUGGUCAGACGGUCUGCCAAUCUUCAUCCAUCUGUGGCUUCUGGUAGCACACUUCUCAAAACUGCUCCAAUUUGUGAAGCACGGCUUCACCUAGUGCGAGUUAGGACAGGUCAGGUCUAUAAACUUCAAAAUCCUAGUGCCAAAUACAUUGCAUCCUUGUCAGUAUAUGACUCCUCCAACCCAACAAAAGAUUGGGGAUUCCCUGAUAUUUCAACUGCAUGGCAAAAUCCUGAUACAAAACGCAAAUCUAAGAAGGUGAAACAAAAAACUGACUGCAAACUUACAGUGAAGCCUCGUGAAGUCGACAUUGAAGAGCAGGAGAAAAAACGCAAAGCUAAGAAGGUGAAAACAAAAUCUGACAGCAAACUUACAGUGAAGCCUCGUGAAGUCGACAUGUUUGAAGAGCAAGAGACAAAACACGAAGCUAAGAAGGUGAAACCAAAAACUGACUGCAAACUCACAGUGAAGCCACGAGAUGAAGUCAACAUGAUCGAAGAGCAGAGAAGCUGUUCAUACAGAGAUAGAGCCGCUGAGAGAAGAAAUUUGCAUGGUGGAUAUGGUGUUGGACCAGGUCAAAAAGGAACAACAGUGGGCCAUGACACGGACGAGCAUUCAGUUCCCGACACUGCUUCUGAAGAGGAUACUGUAGCAGAAGCAUUGGAGCUAUCAUUUGGAUCUGGAAGCUAUGCAAGGAGGAUAAUGGGAAACAUGGGUUGGAAGGAGGGUGAGACGCUAGGGAAGAAUACAAAAGGUUUGGUUGAACCGAUACAAGCAGUGGGCAACACUGGGAAUGUAGGGCUAGGUUUUCCUCAAAUGAGAAGGAAAUAAUCUGAGGUACUCUAUAUGGGACUCUUAAGUGUUCAUAUAUUACUAAAGAAUGCGAAAUUGUGUUUACUAUAUUACUUGGAUUGGCUUAUAACAAUAGAGGUUGCAUUAGGUAGACAAAUAUCAUCUAGACUUGUAAGAGUUUAGAAUCAUUUACUUGCUGAUUUUGAGCAGUAGAAUGAGAAAUCGAAGUACGCUACAGACAAGUUGAUUUCGAUUUAUAUCAAGAAAACAAUAUAGUGGAUUUGGAUAUUGAUUUAUGGUUAUAUACUAUAUGUUGAUCUC